UCACAUAAACUUCCGGUAGGGUGUGAUCUUGAAGAGAAGUCUCUAUCAGGAAUCAAAAAACUAAUAUAUUUAUCCUAAUCAUUCCUCUUUUUAAAACGAGUCAUGUCUAAGUCUUUGAAGAAGAUAGUGGAGGAAAGUCGGGACAAGAACCUCCCAGAAGUGGAGAUGUGCGACAGGGGCAUUUCGAACAUGCUGGACAUCCCAGGACUGUUCACCUUGUCUAACAUCACUCAGCUGGUCCUUAGCCACAACAAGCUCACAGCGGUGCCGGCUAACAUCUCUGAGUUGAAGAAUGUGGAGGUCCUAAACAUGUUCAAUAACCAGAUUGAAGAGCUGCCUACUCAGAUCAGUAGUCUUCAGAAGCUGAAACACCUCAACCUCGGUAUGAACCGUCUGAGCAGCCUGCCCAGAGGAUUUGGUUCAUUGCCAGCUCUAGAAGUGUUGGACCUCACUUACAACAACCUGAACCAGAACUCCCUGCCUGGAAACUUCUUCUACCUCACCACUCUUCGUGCCCUCUAUCUGAGUGACAAUGACUUUGAAGUCCUGCCUGCCGACAUUGGAAAGCUGACCAAGCUGCAAAUAUUGAGUCUGAGGGAUAAUGAUCUGAUCUCAUUGCCUAAGGAGAUAGGGGAGUUGGCUCACCUCAAAGAGCUUCACAUCCAAGGCAAUAGACUGACUGUCCUGCCCCCUGAACUUGGUAAUUUGGAUCUGACUGGUCCCAAGCAGGUGUUUAAAGCAGAGAAUAAUCCCUGGGUCACUCCCAUUGCAGACCAGUUCCAGCUCGGCGUCUCCCAUGUCUUUGAAUACGUUCGGUCAGAGACCUAUAAGUAUCUCUAUGGCAGACAUAUGCAGGCCAACCCAGAACCUCCAAAGAAGAGCAAUGAUAAAAGUAAGAAGAUCAGCCGCAAACCACUUGCUGCCAAGAAUAAAUAAAGAGAAGACCGAGGACGGAGAUGAGAACUUGCUCAGCCAGCCAAACUCACUGCAUGUGCCUUUUUUCUUCCUUUUUGUUUAUAAAAACUGUGCUACAUGGAAGUGUAUCAAUUAUGUUUCUAAAUAUCUAGUGUUCAUCACUGUUUCAACAGUAUUGCAUUGUGCCUGAAUCCAUUCGGAUGUUUGGGGUUUUUUUAACUCUUCUUAAUGGUUUGCAUCUUGGUGCAUUUACAGUACUUGGACAUAGAAGUUGCAUUACUACCAGACCAGACCAGAAAAUUGAUUAUAAUGUCAUAGAAAAACUAGAGACCAUCUUGUGAGAGGAUCACAACAGCUACGACGCCCAUUAACAUUCCAACCCAUGAGUACUCAGAAGUUAUUACCACAUUAUUACAUGAGUACUCAUGACCACCAUCAAUUUGCUUUUUAAGACCUCUAUCAUCUUUGAACUCAGCUUUCAUGUUCUUCUCAACCACACAACUGUAAAAUUUUGUGACUGUAUUUUGCACAGCUGUGACACUAUUGCAAUGACAAAAUCAGUCCACAGACAGUAGGUGUCUCCAGGACCACACUAAUGAUGACACACACAGAGACUUAUAAGGUGAGAACAAUACCAGCUACCAGCCGCAGCUGGUAAUAAAGCAACCUUAGCAUACAGCACAUUCUACAAUUUGAUCCCGCUGGAAAUGAAUGUUUGCUUGAUUUUGGCCUCUGUGUUAACAUACUUCAUUGUGCUUAUUCACAAUGCGUACAUUACACAUAUCUCAGUACAAUAGUACAUAUUUAUUGCACUGCCCUGACAUAUUGCUGCAAUUUCCUAUGUUUUUGCAUUUUAUAUUUGAGAUUUUUUCAGAUCUCUCUUUAAUCCUACAAGCUGCGUAACAAGUUUAGUUGAGAUUUGUGUUUAAUAGGAAGUCAUUCCUUCACUAAACCAGCCUUCUUGUCAGCAAUACUGAUUUACUGAUUUACUCCCAUUUAAAAUAUCAGAUUCUAUACCAGGGCUUAUUCUCUGCCAUGUUCCUCUGCUCUGUUGUCAUAAUACACACACACAUGAACAUAAACCACACAAACACACAAGUUUGUGCAGCUAUCCUUCUUAGGACAUUGUAUUGAAUUCCAUUCAGUGUGGACACCCUAACCUUGUCAUCCCAAUGCAAUAUGGUCUCUAGUUUUACUUACUGUCUUAGAGUGGACAGGGAUUAUUGAAACUGAAAUACAGUGAUCCGCAAUUUACAACAAAUGUGGGCCAGGGGCAUUAAGUGGGAGGGGUCAAUGGCCUGCUCCUUAUCUCCUACCCACCUUCUUCCACAGCCCUUGCUCAGACGACACUAACUUAGCCUUCAUUUUGAUCUCAAUACACCCCCUUCACUUUCGCAUUGACAAAAUCUGUCUGCUGAUAGAAAAAAAGACUCACAACUACUUCUGUGGUGGUUCCAGGACCAGAUUUUGCCACAAUGACACACAAAUUCACAAGGUGAAAACAAAACCAGCCACGUUGUCGUAGCUGGUAAAGAAAGUUGCUUUAUACAUCGGUGGCCCUGUAACAAAUUUUGAUAACAUCACUAUCAAGACACUGUUGGACUGCUAUGAUACCAAAGGCAAACGCUAAUUACAGAUAAGUGCACACAGAUGUUGAGGAGACAACUUUGAAAGUGUUUAGAUGGACAGCGACUCAUUGUCCUGUUGGUGCCCCAUUUUGUCAUUUAUUGAUAAUCCAGCCUCUGAAAGUAUAAAGCCCUAAUGACAAACCCUGGAUGUCUACUUGAUGCAGCUGUGUCACAUGCCAGUUGCCCCUCAGCUCAGACACAUCUUCAUCACGUUUCCAGUGUCCACUGGAAGCCAUAUCUCUAAUGUAGAUUAAUUAGAUUAGAGUUAUUUUUCAUGUUUUACAAGCAGGAAACACAAUUGCAGCUCAUGUAUCUGUAUUUACUGAAUGUUCCCCUGCCUGUUUUAAAAAUGAAAGACUUUGAUGAUUUUUCAAAUUCAGGCUUCAGUUCAUGCUUUUGUCACAGGCUCUCUGUAUUAAAUGUUUCCAACAAACAAAAAAGCAAUCACAAUGUUCUCUCUUGUAUUGUUCAUUUCAGAUAAAUAUACAGUACUAUAAGCCAUUAAAAUGUAAGUGUGUCUUAAAUAUAACUUACUGC